ACAGUGCUAAUCAUAAAAGCUCCUUCCAAACAUUUCCUUAAGUAUAGCUCAUGCACUUUGCAAAAAUUGAAAGCGAGUUUACUCGAAGAAAGCGUUUUUUGCUACAUUUCCAUAUUUUAUUUAUUUUAUUUUUACAAAUUGUGACUUCUUCUUAAUGUCAGUAGAUUUGGAAAACAAAUUGUGCAAAAAUGUCUGUACAUUAUAAAUUCAAAAGUGCACUAGACUUUGACACCGUCACAUUUGACGGUCUUAAUAUUUCAGUUGGAGAUCUAAAAAAGGCAAUAAUACAUCAAAAGCGUUUGGGAAAAGUGACAGAUUUUGAUCUACAAAUAACAAAUGCUCAAACUAAAGAAGAAUACCAAGAUGAUUCUGCUUUAAUUCCUAAGAACACAUCACUUAUUAUCGCGAGAAUUCCAAUAUCUCAACAAAAAAAGGCGUGGAAUACCCAAAGUAUAGAAAAAACACAACAAUCUCGAGCAAUAUCACGAGAUGCAAAUUCUUUAGACUUGUCAAAAAUGAAGGGCAGUGAAGAAGAGAAAAUUUUUGAAAUGAUGCUUCAAAGUACCGCUGAUUACGACCCAAAAAGUUACCAUAGAAUAAGAGGGCACUCUCAAAUUGGUGAUGUUCCUCCUACAUAUCGAUGUAACAGAUGCAAAAAAUCGGGGCACUGGAUAAAAAAUUGCCCUUACACUUUAGGCAAGGAACAUAGCGACAUCAAAAGAAAUACGGGCAUACCUAGAUCAUUUCUUGAUAAGGAUGAUAAAGAAACAUCUGCCGAUUUCCCAGAGCCGACAGUGUCAAUUGAGAAAAAAAAGGAAAUACCGGAUGACUUAAUAUGCAGCAUUUGUAAAGAUCUUUUUGUUGAUGCUGUUAUGAUUCCUUGUUGUGGGAGUUCAUUUUGUGAUGACUGUGUACGCAGUGCACUGCUCGAAUCUGAAGAUAAUGAGUGCCCAGAUUGUAAGGAAAAGGGAUGUUCACCUGGUUCGUUGAUUCCAAACCGAUUUUUACGAAAUUCAGUAAAUGCGUUUAAAAAUGAAAAUGGCUAUACAAAUAUAAAAUCCAAAAAAGAAAAAUCCAAUCAAGAAGAAAUUACAUCAACGAAGGUGAAAGUUAUUGCUGCUGAUAUUAGCAAGUUGGAAGAAGACCAAACAGAAAUUGUCACUCCAAAGGAAACACUGAAAUCUGACGAUGGGUCACAAGUCAAAGUUGUUGAAAACAGUUCAAAGACUGAGACAACAAAAGCUGAAGAGGUGGAGUCAGAUUACGAGGAUAACAUCACUAUAAUGAUGCCUCCAGUGCAGGUUAAGAACUUAAAUUCGGGAGCAAUUGAACUUAGUGGGCGUAGUGUUAGCCAUCCAAAACCCCCGGGUAUAGAAAACUCACCACAUCAUAAGCUGCAGGUGUCACCUUCAGAUAGCCAUAAGAGAGAUAAUCACCUUGGCUUAGAUACUCAAAGUAACGAAUGGGAUCAAGAUUACAAAUUAGAAAGGGAUUAUGCAGAAGAAGAUGCGAACGGUAACGUCUUUUAUAAGAAUUCUACAACGAAACAGCAUACGCAACCUAUAAAUGCACCACUGCAUUACGGACCAAAUAAGAUUCAAUUACGUCCACCUAGACCGAAUCAUUUAAUGGACGUUUAUUCAGCUCCGUCAAAUAGAGCUAAUACUUAUCAGCAGAUCCCACUUCCGCAUGUAAUUGGCCAAGAUACAAUAGUUCAAGGGCAACCUAUGCUCCCAUUUGGACUAUACAAUCCCAUGGGGCCUAGGCCAAAUGUUACUUAUCAACAUUCUGUUCGAUCGAUGUUUCAUAACGCUCCUCCUGGCUUCCCACCAAUCAGAUGUCCACCAGCUGAGAUUCAUCAUGCCAACAGUAAUCUUGCUUCUGUUUAUCAGGGUGUAGCAGCUAAAGUUGGUACUGGGAUAAUUGAAGAUCCACUUGAAACAUUUAACCGACUCAUGAAAGAAAAAGAACGCAGAAGAGAAGAUCGCCGUCGUUCAAUGGAACGUCGCCGGUCUUGGUCUAAUGAAAGGCACAAUCGUGGGCGAGUUCAUGCGUCACCGUAUCGCAGAAUUUCUCGUGAAGUCAAGGAGAAACUUAGACCACAUGAUACAGAGAGAAAGCGCGAUAACGGAUUUGAUCGUAAUAAGUCGAAUAGAAGGAGACGAUCUAACUCGUUUAGUGAUAAAAGCUCCAGAUCCAGAUCUUGGUCUAAAUCGCCAAUAAAAAAACGUUCCAGGUCUCCUUAUAAUAAACGUUCUCGUAGCCGCACUCAUAUAUUUCAAGAAAAACGGGAUACCGGCAAGAGUCAUAAUAUGAGGGGAGAGGGAUUGCGUUCGGAAUCAGCAAUGCAAAGGCGCAGCACAAGUGAAGAAAGAACACGCUCGCUAAGGCAAAACAACUUGGAAUGGUAUUCUCAUCAAGGCAGUACCAUUGGCUCGUUUGAGUCUGAUAGAUAUGCAGUUUCAAGAAAAGAGAGAUUUAACGAGAUUCCGGUUGAGACCUUAGAACCUCCACCUCCUGGAUAUGAACUAAAUCCAUCAUCAAAUAAUAGCACUUACCAAUUUAAUCAGCAAGAUUAUAUGAAUUCAAGAAAGCGAAGAGAUCGCCCCUCAAGUGACACACGAGAAAAGAAACAAUUAGACUUUCGAGGGGGCUCAGAUAAAAAUGAUGUGAAAACCCUAACGAGAAAUACUGAGAAAAAAGUGAGAAGAACUCGCAGUCCUACACCAGUAUCUAAGAAAAGGUCUGGUAGUUGUGAUAAAUUAGAAAAGAACAAUAGUAAACGUUCUCGAAAUAAUAUUAUUGUUUCCCGAAAAAGUAUUGAACGAAACAAACCCGAUGAUUAUUAUAAACGUGAAAGUAGUUCUAACGAAGCAGCAAAGCGCAAUAAUGAAAAAAGUUACGAGAAAUGUACAAACUCAUCCGACGAAGCAAUAGUAAAAGAAAUGGCAGUUAAUUGUGUAAAGAACGAAAAACCAGACACUUUUGAUCGUCAUAAAAGCCCUGAAAAACAGAAAACUAAACAUGGCAGUACAAUUGGUAAAGAGGAUGAAAUGCGCUCGAACUCUAGCAAAGAUGAGAAAAACUUAAGGAAACCCAAAGAUAAGGAUCGGAAAAAAAGAAGGAAAGAUAAAGAAAGAAAGAAAACUAAGAAAGAAAAGAAAAAUAAAAGAGAUCGAGAAAGACAAAAGACCUCAGCUGAAUCUGAGGAACGGAAACAACAUGAUGAAUUUGAUGAGGCAAAAGAUGUAUAUAUCUCAAGAACACCGGAAUUAAAUAGUUGCCAUAACAUUUCAACUGUAGACGAUAUAACUUCAAAUGAGGAAAAUAAUGCGAAUGUAAAUAGUUUACUAUCUGUUCGAGAUAAUGUUGAUAUAAUAAAAAGUAGUGAUCAAGAAAACCCUCAAGAUAAGGUUAAAACAGACUCAAAUACAAAUGAGACUGAAUUUAGGCGCGUUGAUUCAGUUUUAGAUAUUCUUGAUUAUGAGACUGAAUUUGACGACUUAAAUUCUCAAGGUCAGCAAAAGCUUAAAAAUACUGCACCCGUCCCUGAACCUUCAAAAUGGGAAAUUGAUGAAAACAAUGUAUGUGUUGCUAGUCAAAUAAUAAGUUUAGACCCUAAAGAUGGCACUGAUUACCAGAAUGAGAAGUUAUCAAAUGAAAAAGUUACUAAUGAAGUAUUGCGUAAAGCUGAAAAUGCUAUAUUUGCACGUGCUAUUAAAGCUAUAUAUCCUUUUGAUAAAACUGAAGGAAAUAAUGAUAAUCAGAGGGUAUACAGUGAAUCACUACCGAGGAUUGUUCCGAAAGAUAAAAUUAAAAACUUUGAAAUCACUGUACCAACUAGUAAUAGUCAAGAACGCUCUGUACAAAUAAAAGAUGAUUCUUCACAUUCCCCUAAAGUGGUUAAGUCUGUGAAAGAAAGAUUAGGAAGCAAAGUUACUACGAAAUACGACUACUCUCCUGGUCGGGAAAGCCGCAACAAGCAGCAUAUUAAAAGCAAUACAGUCGGCCAAACUGUUUAUGAAAGGUCGGAAGAACGAAACAGAAAUAAAUUUAAAGAUAGAGGUCACGACAAUCGUGAUAAUAGGAAUAGCCGUGAAAACCGUGACAGAGGUGGAAAUAAGUUUACAACCCCAUCAAGUAGAGAUAGAGAUCGAGAAAGGAAUCGUGAUCGCGAUAGAUUUCAUGAAAAUGACAAAUAUCGAAUCAAAGAGCGUGAGAGAAUUCGGGAUCGUGAUAGAGGUACUACUUUAGAUAAUCGUCACAAAUCUCCAAAGCAAUCGAUUCGGGAAUUCGAAAUGACAUCAAGAAGUAGGCCACGUGUUAGGGAUAAGGGCGAUGAUGAAGGCUCGCAUACCACUGCAGGACCUAGGGGUAAUGAAAAUACAAUGAGCAGUUCGAAAGAUAGAAUCAAGUCGAAAAAAAUUAAUUUUGAAGAUCGAGAUACAGCGGCUUGUUCUGCAAACGUAGAUGUAUAUAAAAAGAGAAGCCUUUCAAAAGAAAGGAAUAAAAGUGAAACUCACAAUAUUAAAAAGUAUUUCACUGAAACGGAAAAUAGAUUAAAAUCGCAUAACUUAAGCCCAUGCAGUUCUUCGCGAUCUGCUGAUACGAGCUCUGAUUCCGAAUCUGACGAAGAUAAACGAAAGAAAAAACCUAAAUAUAAAAAAGACAAAAAACAUCAAAAACGUUCAGAAUCAGUGGAGUCCAUUAUGAGUUCAAAAGAAAAACAUGCGAAGAACAAAAAACGAAAUAAAUCUUCAAAAAAAAAGAAGAAAAACAAAAAAUAGUUUUUCAUACUUCAUAUUUUAAAUAAGAAUUGGAAAUAUUUAAUGUAUAGCUAUUAUAUUAGAUUUUGUGUAAUAUUGAAUAAGAAUGUAAUCACAUACAUAUGAGUGUAUGGCAAAAUAAAUAAUGGAUAAACUAAUAAAUUAUAA